AUGCGUAUUCCAUAUUUAAAUAUACCGUGUAUAUUAAAUGAAACCUGUUUUCAUGGCCAAUGUAUUCACGCUGAAGAUUUUCUUAUUGGUUGGUAUGAAUUUUGUCUAUGCAAACAACAUUACUCAGGUUAUGAAUGUAAUGAGCAAACGAAAUUAAAUCGGAGCGAUUGGUUUAUUAUUUCAACAUGUCUAACUACAUGUCUAUGCAUUGUUCUAUGUCUUUUAUGUGUCCCAUUUUUGCACAAUUUUUUAAAAGAUGAUUUUUAUCCUCAAAUAAUUGAAUGUACACGUUCAACGCCCUAUGUUGAAAUUAGUUCACCAACAUCUGCUCUACUUACUGGUAUGCGAAUCUAUCGAAUACCAUCUGACUAUCUAUCGAGACGACGAACAAUUAUUGAUCGGCUUGCACCAUUACAUUCUAUAUCGUCACUUGCGUAUUUAACUCGUAUUCGAAAUAUGAGAGUUCAAAGACGAGACGAGCAGAUACAUACAUAA